AUGAAGAAGGAGUUUGAAAUGACUGAUUUGAGGGAGAUGAAAUAUUUUCUGGGGAUAGAAAUAAAUCAAGGUGCAGAAGGAAUACAUAUUUGUCAAAGAAAAUAUGCUGAAGAUAUUUUGGCUAGAUUUGGUAUGACUGAGUGCAAUGGUGUAAAGAAUCCUAUGGUUCCAGGCAACAAAUUGUCAAAACAGGAAGGGAGAGAAGCAGACUCUACUUUGUUCAAGCAAAUGGUGGGCAGUCUUAUGUACAUUACAGCUACAAGACUUGACUUGAUGUAUGGUGUGUGUUUGAUUAGCAGGUUUAUGUCUAAACCUAUGGAGAUCCAUAUGCUUACAGCAAAUAGGAUAUUGAGGUAUAUAAGGCACACGACCAAGCUGAGAAUUUUCUACAAGAAGGAGAGCAAGAAUGAGCUCACUGCCUAUACUGACAGUGAUUAUGCAGGGGACAACACAGAUUUUAAAAGUACUUCUGGCUACACUUGUAUGAUGAAUGGUGGAGCAGUAACUUGGAUGUCCAAGAAACAACCCAUUGUUACACUCUCAAGCAUUGAGGCAGAAUAUGUUGCAGCUGCAACUUGUGCAUGUCAAUGUGUGUGGAUGCGAGCUAUCUUAAAGCAAAUUGGAGAAGAUGACAGCAAGCCAAUUACAGUUCUAUGUGAUAAUUCUUCAAGUGUUUCAUGGAAGGACUAA